CCUCUGUCCGAGGGAAGCGGCUGGGGCAUCGAGUGACAGAGCGACAGAGAUGCGGGCUCAGAAGACGGGGAGAGGGACCCUGCCUCGCUAGUGGGACCGAGAUUCGCGGAGGGACAGACCGACGCGAGGGGCAGCUCGGAGAGCUGCGCGCGGGACAGCGAGAAGCCCGCGGUGGGAUGCCAGGCUGAGCGACAGACGGCCAGACAGACAGACGUGCCCGGGGACGGACCGGCAGACAGGAGGCGGGGGCACGCUCGCUCUCCGCAGGCAGCAGGGCGGAGAAGGCGGCGGCGGCGCCCCCUGAGCGCAUCCGGAGCAGCGACGAGCAGCAGGGGCCGCGGGGUCGCCGGCUGAAGCCACUGCCGUCGCCGCAGCCCUGGCCGCCGCAGCCCUGCCAGGAGCCCCGCCGAUGCCGCAGAAGGCUCCUUUUACUAGCAGUUAAAUAAACCCACCAAUAAUAACAAUAAUACUAGUAACCCAAGCCAAAUCAAACAAAUACAGCGAAAUCGAUCCGUGAGAAACAGUAAUAUUAAUAAAAGCCAAAAACUAAAUCAGAUCAAUCAAGGCACCGAGACGCUGGGGGGAUAUCCACUGUUCAGUCAAGGUGGAUGAUGUGUCAGGCUGUGUAAGGGAAUCGCAUGGAGAUGGGCGUUUUGAACUGUUAAUGGGGACAUGGGACUCCCGCUGUCUCUGAUCCCUCGUGUGGAUUUUCCCGGCGUAGAAGGACAGAAGCCGCUCGUAAGUCGCCAAGACCGACAGCAGAAAUUCUGCGCAAAAGGGUGUCAAAUCUUGUUAUUUUAAUUUGCAUCUGGGAGAAUGUCUGAGCCAGGAGACCUGAGUCAGACCAUAGUGGAGGAAGGCGGGCCUGAGCAGGAGACGGCCACUCCAGAGAAUGGCGUGGUUAAAUCCGAAAGUCUGGACGAGGAGGAGAAACUGGAAUUGCAGAGGCAACUGGCGGCUCAGAACCAAGAGAGAAGAAAAUCCAAGUCAGGAGCAGGGAAAGGUAAACUGACUCGCAGCCUUGCUGUCUGUGAAGAAUCCUCAGCCAGACCAGGAGGGGAAAGUCUUCAGGACCAGGAAUCAAUUCAUUUACAGCUUUCCAGUUUUCCCAGCCUGCAAGAGGAUGAUAAAUCUAGGAAAGAUGACUCUGAAAGAGAAAAAGAAAAGGAUAAAAACAAAGAUAAAACCUGUGAAAAACCCAAGAUCAGAAUGUUAUCAAAAGAUUGCAGCCAAGAAUAUACGGAUUCUACAGGCAUAGACUUACACGAGUUUCUGAUUAACACAUUAAAGAAUAAUUCCAGAGACAGGAUGAUACUCUUGAAAAUGGAGCAGGAAAUAAUUGAUUUCAUUGGUGACAACAAUAAUCAUUAUAAAAAGUUUCCUCAGAUGUCGUCCUAUCAGAGGAUGCUUGUCCAUCGAGUGGCAGCUUACUUUGGGUUGGAUCACAACGUGGAUCAAACAGGGAAAUCUGUCAUCAUCAACAAAACCAGCAACACAAGAAUACCAGAGCAAAGGUUUUGUGAACAUUUAAAAGAUGAAAAAGGUGAAGAAUCCCAGAAGCGGUUUAUCUUGAAGCGCGAUAACUCUAGUAUUGAUAAAGAAGACACUCAGUCAGUUUGCUCCCAGGAAAGCCUUUUUGUGGAAAACAGUAGGCUCUUGGAAGACAGUAACAUAUGCAGUGAGACCUAUAAGAAAAGACAGCUCUUUCGGGGCAACAGAGACAGCUGGGGGAGAACAUCUGGAAGUCGGCAGAGCAGCUCGGAGAAUGAACUCAAGUGGUCCGACCACCAAAGAGCCUGGAGCAGCACAGAUUCUGACAGCUCCAACCGCAAUCUCAAGCCUGCCAUGACCAAGACGGCGAGUUUUGGGGGCAUCACGGUGCUGACCAGGGGUGACAGCACAUCCAGUAGCAGGAGUACCGGGAAGCUGUCCAAAGCAGGUUCUGAGUCCUCCAGCAGUGCAGGCUCCUCAGGAUCGCUGUCGCGCACCCACCCACCUCUCCAGAGCACACCGCUGGUCUCGGGCGUGGCAGCCACUUCUCCUGGCUGUGUGACCUACCCAGAGAAUGGGAUGGGAGGCCAGGUCGCUCACAGCAGCACCAGCUACAUCCUCCUUCCACUCGAAGCUGCCACAGGCAUCCCACCCGGAAGCAUCCUUCUUAAUCCACAUACAGGCCAGCCCUUCGUGAAUCCCGAUGGAACCCCCGCCAUAUACAACCCGCCCACCAGCCAGCAGCCCCUGCGAAGCGCGAUGGUGGGACAGCCCCAGCAGCAGCCCCAGCAGCAGCCCUCCCCGCGGCCCCAGCAGCAGGCCCAGCCACCCCAGACGCAAAUGGCAGGCCCACUGGUCACUCAGUCUGUCCAGGGGCUGCAGGCUUCCUCCCAGUCAGUGCAAUACCCAGCUGUGUCUUUUCCUUCCCAGCAUCUCCUGCCCGUGUCUCCGACGCCGCAGUUCCCCAUGAGAGAGGAUGUGACCACGCAGUUUGGCCAGAUGAACCUGAGCCGGCAGUCCUCGGGGGAGACUCCCGAGCCCCCAGCCGGCCCUGUCUACACACCGUCCCUCCUGCCGCAGCCCACCCCGCAGCCAAGCUACGUCAUCGCCUCCACAGGCCAGCAGCUCCCAACGGGGGGCUUCUCGGGCUCUGGCCCUCCCCUCUCCCAGCAAGUCCUCCAGCCCCCUCCCUCGCCCCAGGGAUUUGUGCAGCAGCCUCCACCCACACAGAUGCCUGUAUAUUAUUAUCCAUCUGGUCAGUACCCUACCUCAACCACGCAGCAGUACCGGCCCAUGGCCUCUGUUCAGCUCAGUGCUCCGAGGGGCCAGCAGAUGCCACAGACAGCACAGCAAGCAGGUUACCAGCCGGUCUUGUCUGGUCAACAGGGGUUCCAAGGCCUCAUGGGGGUGCAGCAGCCACCUCAGAGUCAGGGCAUGAUGGGCAGCCAACAGGGAACUCCAGUGCAAAGCGUGAUGCUCUCCUACCCAACCAUGUCUAAUUAUCAGGUGCCAAUGACCCAGGGUUCUCAAGGACUGCCCCAGCAGUCUUACCAACAGCCAAUCAUGCUACCUAACCAGGCAGGCCAAGGGUCCCUCCCAGCCACUGGAAUUCCUGUGUACUGUAACGUCACACCGCCGACCCCUCAGAACAACCUUAGGCUGAUGGGCCCUCACUGUCCCUCCAGCACUGUCCCCGUGAUGUCAGCCAGCUGCAGGACCAACUGUGCCAGUAUGAGCAGUGCUGGGUGGCAGGUCAAGUUCUGAGCACUCUGGCCAUGGUGCAUGUCUUCAGAUGCUACUCAUGGCCUUUAAGGGAGGAGGAGCAAGGUGCGAAAACUCACUGAGGACUUAAGUAUUCACUCAACACCCAAAUGACUGCUGCUGGUAUUCUGUAAAAAACAAAACAAAACAAAACAAAAAAACAAACAAAAAAAACAGAGACUAAUCCACACAUUAGCUGGUUAA